AUGUCUAUCCCACGUGCCCCACUCCCCCACUCCUCCUGCCGCUCUUCCACUACAUCCGUCAAGCCUUCCGCAGAACUCUCCCUCUGCACACCACGCGUUAAGUUUGGCUGUUUGUUUUUGUUCACUAUGUCUGGUAUGAGACUCAUCCUCGUUGGUCCUCCCGGUGCCGGUAAGGGCACCCAAGCUCCCAAGAUCAAGGAGAAGUACGGUAUCGCCCAUCUUGCUACUGGUGACAUGCUCCGCUCCCAAGUCGCCCGCCAAACCGAGCUCGGUAAAGAGGCUAAGAAGAUCAUGGACCAAGGUAACUUGGUCAGCGACGAGAUCGUCGUUGGUAUGAUCAAGGACGAGCUCUUGAACAACCCUGAGUGCAAGAACGGUUUCAUCCUUGACGGUUUCCCUCGUACCGUUGUUCAGGCCGAGAAGCUUGACGCUCUUCUUGCUGAGAUGAAGCUCGAGCUCAACACCGUUGUUGAGCUCCAGGUCGACGACGAGCUCUUGGUUAGACGUAUCACUGGUCGUCUUGUCCACCCUGCUUCUGGUCGUAGCUACCACGUCGAGUUCAACCCCCCCAAGGUCCCUAUGACCGACGAUGUCACUGGUGAGCCUUUGGUUCAACGCUCUGACGACAACGCUGAUGCUCUUCGCAAGCGUCUCGUCAACUACCACGAGCAAACUGCUCCCGUCGUUGACUACUACAAGGGCAAGAACAAGUGGUCUCCUAUUGCUGCUGCUCAAGCACCUGAGAAGGUCUGGGAGCAAAUCGAGGCUGCUCUCAAGAAGGUCGAGUAAAUGUGCAAAAAAGACAAAAAGAUGAGAUGCUAGGAUGGACAUGGUUGUGUUGGAUGCAGCCAAACGGUGGUGCAUUCGACGUCCAUUGCUUCCAUUCGAUCAUCACGGUCCUUUUAGUUAAGAAAUGAUACCAACUUUUAGAGAGAAAAGACUGACGAUAGAAGAGG